GCCGCCGCCGCAAUACCUAUGUGCUUCUUGAUUAUGCUGCACGAAACCUUGGGCGGCAUAUGGUUGAUGAAAAUGACAAUGAGUCGGUUGAUCUAGCCCUCAGAUUCUUCCAAGAUGAACGCAAGGUAUCCGGCAUUGCUCAAAUUCUGGUUGUUGCAGAACGUGUGGUGGAUAUACACGACUUUCCUGCCGACUUUCUGGGAAUACACUACGCGUCAUACUUGGGACUCACAGGCAUUGUUCGCCGGUUGCUGAUGAUGAGCGAAGAUGUCGAUGUGAUAGACUCGUAUAGACGUACACCGCUAUCAUGGGCAGCAGAGAAUGGACACGAAGCCGUGCUAAGAUUAUUGCUUGGAAGAGGAGCUGGAUUAUACUUAGAGGAAGACCCCGACUGGACACUGGUCUCAUCUCGUAGAAUUCCGAGACACAUUCAAGAGGUUUCCGUGGGCUCCUACACACUUCUCACUACGGACGCUUCACUGAACGCGACUGAUAUGCUUGGCCGGACACCAUUAUCGUGGGACGCUAAGGAGGGACAUACAGGAGUGGUUAGACUUCUCCUGGCGAAAGGUGCUAAAGCACACUUAACAGACACCAUGGGCCGGAAAGCUCUACUUCUAGCUGCAGAUCAUGGCCAUGAAGCGGCCAUCAGAGCGCUCCUUGAGAUAGGGGCCACGGAACUCGACUCGGCAGAUUUGCUGGGCCAGACACCACUAUCGAGGGCGUCCAAGGAAGGACACGACGCGGUCGUGCAAGUGCUACUAAGUGUGGGAGUAACAGUACAUCCAGCAGAUGCCAUGGGCCGGACCCCUGUUUUGGGCGGCCAUGGAGGGACACGAAGCCGUGGUUCGGGUCCUGCUAGAGAAGGGUGCUGUAGUUGACACGGUGGAUCGUUUUGGCUCUGUGAGUAUGGGCUAAGAUCUCAGCUUAAGAUGUAAGUUGAAUGGAUUAAGGCGAGGGGUGUGCUUUGUGUUGAUUGUACUGUAGUGAACCAUAUCUAGUAGCUGUAGUAGAUGGGGAGCGGUGACCGAAGCUCGGGCAGAAUUCCGGACGAAACUCGGCGUUCGGCCUCGAGACUGUUCAUCUCGAUAGUUACCGCUUUCGAAGAGUCUGUAUAGCAGCGGCGGAAUUCUCGACAGCGGACGAAACUCGGCACUUGAAAACUGUUCGUUCCGCUACCGCCUCCAGAAGACCAGCGGCAGAAUCUCCAGGCACCGCCUGCUGACGCUUAUCUUAUCGCAUGCCCCCGCCUCUCUCUCUCUCAGGCUGUGACUCCGCAACGCCUCAACCAGACAGAAUUACCUUCCCUCUUAUCU